AUGAAUCCUUCCACCAGCAGCAGCGGCGCUCACUGGAGCCGCCGCCACGGCGGCACUCGUGCAGCGGCCACAGGUCCACGGGAUAUCUCACGAGCAAGAAAUGCACAAUCCUCUACUUCCACCCGCGCUGCUCCCUUGUCCCAAUGGAAGCAACUUCGCCAGACCGUCGCAAUCCGACAAGACGUUGCCGACAUCGGGUCGUCGUCACCUGUGCACUCGUCGGCCCAGAGUCGCGUCCGUAUCAGCCACCUCUGUCCCGAGGACAAGCAAAAGGUGGGCAAGCUCAUUCGUCAGUUGAUGAAAGUUGGGGGCGAGAACGAGCAGCUGCGCAAACAGGUCGACGACGUCACGGCCGUGCUCGAUCAAGCCGUGGCCGACAAGGAUGAUCUCCAAAUCAAGCUGGCGCAAUCCCUCGACAUGCUCAAGACGUACCAAGCACGCAUGCAUGCGAUGCAGGCACAGAGCGACAUGGAGCAGGCCAAAGUGACCGCGGCGGCAGCGGACGCGGCGCGACUCCAGCAGCAAGCGCACAACCACGCCCAUGCGCUUCAAGUUCUUCGACUCGAUCAUGACGACGCCAUGCGCAAGGCAUCGCGGCAAUGGGAGGUCGAGAUGGACCGCCUGCGGGAAGAGAUCGCCAUGGAGCGGCGACAGCGGUUGCUCUUGGCCGAACAACUAGACGCUCACCAACGACUGUCCGAGGACAAAGACCAUCACUCGGAUAUUUCCUCGCUUUUGAACCUGUCGUCCACGGACAAGGUAAGGGAUAUCGUGCUCGAAUGGAAGCACCGCAUGGACGCGGCGCUCGAGCCAGUGCUUCCCACGCCUGUGACAUCGUCGCAGACGCAGACGGACGCCGUGCACACGCACACAAUCGGCGUUCAAGUCGACAGUGUCGCAGAAAUUAUUCGUAUCGCAGCGAGCGAGGCUUCCCCACACCAUCCAGAGAUAGCACCUCCGAAGAGACCGCAGCAGCAGCGCAUGCUUCCUUCUCGUACCAGCAUGGUCGAUAGCGAGUUUUACGACCUGUCACUGCUCGACCUAGUCCAAGCUAUGGAAGGUAUGGCAAGUGUUGUGGAUCCAUCGCCAUUAUCAUCGCCACGGCAGUCGCUGGGACCGCUUACACCCGACCAACUCAGUAUGCGACACGACGUCGUCGAUGCUAUCCUCACGUUUGCCAUAUAAUUCCAAAACAGAAAAAAAUAUUAUUAUUUAUUAUGAGGAUGCCAC